UUUUUUUAUGGAUUUGGUACCAUACCAGAUUCUUGUGACGUGUCUGUCAACACAAAAAUUAUUUUUUGAGUUUUGGUCAAAGGCAAAAUAUCGACAAGAUUAUUCACAAAAAUUAAUCAGAAAUGAGCUUUAAACGGGAUAAGAAGGAAGAGGAAUACGGUGGUGGAAAUCCAUUUUCCAACCUGGAAAAAACUGCAGUUUUGCAAGAGACCCGAACUUUUAAUGAAACUCCAGUUAAUGCCCGAAAAUGCACGCACAUCCUGACGAAAAUUCUUUAUCUAAUGAAUCAGGGCGAACAACUUGUAUCGCGUGAGGCAACCGAUUGCUUUUUCGCCAUGACCAAAUUGUUCCAAUCGAAAGAUGUUGUGCUCCGUCGUAUGGUUUACCUUGGCAUUAAGGAAUUGAGUUCAAUAGCCGACGAUGUAAUCAUCGUUACCAGUUCCUUAACCAAGGAUAUGACCGGCAAAGAGGACCUGUACCGUGCAGCAGCGAUCCGAGCCUUGUGUAGCAUUACUGACGCAACAAUGUUACAGGCUGUUGAAAGAUACAUGAAGCAGUGCAUUGUUGACAAAAACUCAUCCGUAUCUUGUGCCGCUCUAGUCAGCUCGCUUCGUUUAUCGGCCGGUUCCAGUGAUGUGGUUAAACGUUGGGCAAACGAAGCACAAGAAGCUCUAAACAGUGACAACAUUAUGGUCCAAUAUCAUGCGCUCGGACUACUGUACAACAUUCGGAAGACGGAUCGUUUGGCCGUGUCAAAACUGGUCAAUAAAUUGACCCGACAAAGUCUGAAAAGUCCGUAUGCCGUGUGCAUGGUCAUUAGGAUUGCUUGCAAAUUGAUCGAAGAGGAUGAUCAGGCUGGAAAUUCGAACAAUGAAAAUUCGCUUUUGGAUUUCAUCGAGGCUUGCUUGCGCCACAAAAGCGAAAUGGUUGUUUACGAAGCGGCCCAUGCCAUUGUCAAUCUGAAGCGUACAAGUGCUAGGGAACUGGCUCCUGCCGUCAGCAUCUUACAAUUGUUCUGCGGCUCUCCGAAAGCUACGUUACGCUUUGCUGCCGUUCGUACAAUGAACAAAGUAGCCAUGAUUCAUCCAGGUGCGGUGACCGUAUGCAACUUGGACCUCGAAGGAUUGAUAACCGAUACCAAUCGCUCUGUUGCUACAUUGGCGAUAACAACGUUACUGAAAACUGGUGCUGAAAGUUCGGUCGAACGGUUGAUGAAACAGAUAGCAACGUUCCUUGCUGAAAUAUCUGACGAAUUCAAAGUGGUCAUCGUGCAGGCCAUUCGAGCUUUAUGCACAAAGUUUCCGCGAAAACAUUCGAUUCUCAUCAAUUUUCUGAGUCAAAUGCUACGCGAAGAGGGCGGACUUGACUAUAAAGCCUCCAUUGUCGACACUAUGAUCAACAUUAUCGAGGAGAAUCCCGAAGCCAAGGAGGCCGGUUUGUCACAUCUGUGCGAAUUCAUCGAAGAUUGUGAGCAUACUUCGUUAGCCGUUCGCAUACUGCAUCUGUUAGGCAAGGAAGGACCAUAUUCCCAGACACCAUCGAAGUACAUUCGGUUCAUUUACAAUCGUGUCAUCUUGGAAAAUGCUACCAUUCGCGCAGCGGCCGUCUCAGCAAUGGCACAGUUCGGUGCAUCCUGUCCGAAUUUACUGCAAAACAUUCUGGUGCUUCUAAACCGCUGUAAAAUGGAUUCGGACGAUGAAGUGCGCGAUCGGGCCACCUACUAUGCGACCAUAUUGCAGGUGGCCAAUCCGAAUUUGAAGAAAGUGUACAUCGUUGAACGACCGGCACUAUCCGUUCCAAUAUUGGAACGUUCCCUCAAAGAAUACCUAAAUGGACCAUUCGAAGAACCGUUUGACAUUUCCACCAUACCGACCACCGUUCACGUCCAAGAAGAAACCACCAACGAGGCAAUGAUCAUCACAAAUUCGUCAAUUUCAAAAGCACCGAAAAUAUCACGCGAAGAAGCCAAUGCCGAAAGAUUGUCGCAGAUACCGGGCAUCCAGCGACUAGGUCCCAUUCACAAGUCGUCGCAGAGUGUACAGCUGACCGAAACGGAAACCGAGUACACUGUUCAAUGUGUCAAGCAUUGCUUCGCUCGGCACAUGGUGUUCCAGUUCGAUUGCAUAAAUACGAUGCCCGAUCAGUUGCUUGAAAAUGUCAAAGUCGAUUUAGUCAUACCGGAAGGAUUUAUUACCAGAGCGGUGAUACCGUGCCCGAAGUUACCGUACAAUGAAACCGCUUCCACAUAUGUCAUUGUCGAGUUUCCCGAAAGUUUGGCAUUGAGUUCGUCAGCCACAUUCGGUGCAACUUUAAAAUUCUUGGUCAAAGAUUGUGACCCGAAUACCGGAUUGCCCGACUCAGAAGAAGGCUACGACGACGAAUACAUGCUAGAAGAUCUGGAAAUAACUGUGGCCGAUCAGAUUCAGAAAAACAAGAAAAGCAAUUUCACAGCAUCCUGGGACUCUGCAGCGACUGAGAAUUGGGUCGAAGUGGAAGACACCUAUGCACUGUCCGCCGUCAAUACACUACAGGAAGCUGUGAACACGAUUCUGAAAUUUUUGGGCUUGGCUUCGGCCAAUAUGACGGAAAAAGUGAACGAAGGUGUGCACACUCACACCCUGCUGUGUUCGGGUACAUUCCGCGGUGGACAUGAUAUUUUAGUGCGAUCGAAAUUGGCAUUAUCCGAUGGCGUAACUAUGCAACUAACUGUUCGUUCGACGCACGAAGAGGUUGCCGAAUUGGUCACAUCGGCAAUUGGUUAGUCUUCUGUUUAUUUCGUAUCUAAUUUUCCAUUUUGUAAUUUAUAUUCGUCUAAAGACUAUAUGCGUUGAAUAAAAAGAAAUCAGUUAUCUUGAGGA